AUGACUGCAAAUCGAUCUUUGUGUAAAAUUGCUUUCACGCUAACGAUCGCUUUGUUGAUUUGCUCGAUUGGGUUAAUCAACGCAGAGCGUGUCGUCUGUAGUUUCUCAAGCUCCGCCGCAGAUCGAAUGGACGAAUAUAGUUUUGAAAUAGCUGACAUUCCAGUUUCCCUCUGCACACACGUGGUUUACGAUGGUUUGCGAAUAGAUUUCUAUACCCACGAACUUUUGCCCGGCAAUCCACCCUUUGACGUGUUGGACAAUGGUUGGCAAAAGUUCUCCGAGCUGAAGCGCACCAAACCAGACCUGAAGCUUCUGAUAAGCAUCCGCACACCAUUAAUGCUGCAAGUGGCUGAAGAUGCGACGUCGCGCAAGACCUUUAUCGAGAAUGUUCUUCAGCACGUGGAGUGGAUGAAGCUCGACGGUGUUGAACUGUUUUGGAGCGGAGGAAACGAGGAAAAGUUGUACCUUUUAAUCGAGGAACUCAAAGGCAGUUUUGUUGCUGCCGGACAUCCAACGUGGGAAGUGAGCGUAUUGAAGCAGAUCGAUCAAUCAGUCGUCGAUCAUGCGCGAUUGUGUAGACUUGUCGAUUUUGUGCAUGUUUUGGGCAUUGGCGAACGAAAGCCAAAAUAUCACGACAAUAGCUCAACGCCAACAGCGAAAACAACGCUUGACGUAGGCAAACACAAAAAUGUUACCCUGGAGCGAGCCUUAGAGCAUUUGAUCGAUGCUAACUGUCCCGCGAACAAGAUCGUUCUAGUCGUCAUCUUGUUUGCACAAACGUACACGCUUGGGAAUGUGAACACUCGGGACCGUCCAAAAGAGCUUACCACUUUUUGCAACAUCACCGAAGGAAAUCCGUACUGUGCGUAUGUGGAGAUAUGUCAGAAGUUUAACGAAAGCGAAUGGACGCUGGGCUCGGACGAUCCGGAAGGAUUCGCACCGCAUGCAAUCCAGGGCAACACGUGGGUGGCCUACGAAAAUGAAGCAUCGAUCGGGCAGAAAGGUGAGAUCGCGAGAAGGAAAAAUUUAGCGGGUGUGUACGUGUUCUCGCUAGAUCUGGACGACUAUCGCGGCAAGUGUGGAAAUUUGUAUCCUCUAACAACUGCGUUGAGCAGAUCAUUUAGAGGCACAGCAAUCGAUUAG